GCAAGUCCUACGUAUACUGUAAGUGUAGCUUCAACAGCAACAUGACUGCACCUGCAACGGAAAUCCUAGCCUUUGCAAGACGUUGACUGACGCCAUAAAUUAUGUGGAUUUAAAGGUCCGCCUCCUUUUUUGUCCGAAAGCAAAACAGUUGCCUCAUUUGCAGAGUACCAUUGGGGACGUCCAUGUGUAGCCUAUGCUGUGAUCUAAUUCAGCAAGCCUCACAACACAUCUUGGCAGACUGCGGAACCUAUGCACGGCCUAUUGCUUUUUGGUUGAUGGAGAUCUCAGGAAUGAGACGCACAUUAAUAAAGUAGGCUAAACCAGAUUAUUAUUUUUUCUUCUGUUGAUACUAGUAGACUGGCAGGUGGGUUUUUGAGACGAAUGAAAGCAACCGUAUCUUAUAGGCUAAGCUAAAAAGGAAAUGUGAUUUGACUCGUUGCAUUGUUUUUGGAAUAAUCGCUAGCAUAUGUUCAAGUCGGGAGACGCAGAGCGUAAUGCAAGAAAUCGCGGCCAGAUGAAGGACAGAGACUUCAUGCCUAAUAUGGAGCGGGGGAAACCCGCGACAUACACUGGGGACAAAAAGGCAAAAAUGGCUGCGAAGACAAAUAAAAAGUGGGUAAGACUGGCUACUGUCUUUGCGUAUGUACUAUCUGUUUCUCUUGCUGCGAUAAUUCUGGCCAUAUACUACAGUCUUAUAUGGAAGCCAACAUCUGGCUUAGCACCAUCAUCAGGAGGAACAGAUGCUCCGACUCCGACUAUCGCUGUAACCAUUGGGGUUGUCACCACUGGCAUGACCAUCGUCAGUGCUCCUCAAGAAAAUCAGAACAAAACCGAUAGCACAUUACACGACUAUUUUUGGACAUCAGAGCGCGCGGGUGCCCCUUCGGAAGCGCCACCCCACAGGGAAUCUACUUACGGAGGUCCGACCACCACACCAGAGGACACAUUUCUAGAAACGCAUAGUAAUAGUGGAGCUGAUGCGCGACAUCCAACGACAGACAGAACACCCUCAGCAACAAAAUCGGUCCAUGCAGACAUAGUUGAACGGCCGACGGAAAGCGCCACCAGCAAGCUAAACUCUGAGACGCACGUCACAGAUAACACGCAGAACAAAAAUAUCUCGCUCUUGGAUGUUUACUCCGAUCUAACAACUGGGAUUGAGGAGGGUAUAAUUGACGGUUCUGGGAUGGAGGACCACUCUCUCUCGGAAUUUAUUGUCUUGAAUGCGCCAGAGUCGGAGGACUCAACGUCACCUACUGCAGGUUCACAAGAACCCCGGGUCAGUGUCUCUUCGCAAACUGAAGUCAGGUACACCCGUGGUCAUCUCUUCUCCACAGAUACACAAUUUGACAUGACAUUCUCAGAAGGCUCCGCUUACAAUCCAUCCGACCUUCAUGAUGCAGACUAUGCAUCAUCUGCUAAAACCUCUCAACCUGCAGAGAAUGAUAAAACUUCUCCCACGCAUAGCAUCAGCACCAGGACGGUUGCGGCCAGUGAUGAUGACGAGAAUUAAGUGCGUGGUAAAGUGUCUGCCGUCUCUCUACAGUAGGCCUAUCGGUGAUUAAAGAGACGCUGAAGAAUCUCCAUAAUGCAUUGACUGCAUUAUGGAGAUUUGAGGCGAGACAUCUGUGGAUACCUAAUUCGCAAAAUAAGAACGAACUGUUUCAAACGGAAAAAAGAUAAAGCCAUGCUUGACCUCAAAUAAGGUCGUGAAAUGAUCACAUAUUUGGUCAUAUGUUUGUGCUGUAGCAAGAGGUUGCGUGGAAAAAAAAAACCUUACUGUCCCACUCAGGUAUGUGUAGGUAUAACUGUAAAUAGUGGAAAAGGAGCAUAGGAUAGCUGUUUGCUUUAGAGAACUCAGCACCCCCUGGCUUAGGCCUAUGCCGACGUUUUAGCCAAAUUAUGUAGCAUCGUUUUUAUGACACAAUGUGCAAUUCAUAGGAAGAGAUGGAAAUAAGUGAGUUUUAAUAAGACAUGUUCAUUCUAUACCUAGCAUAAGCAUAAGCUCUGGCUUCAGCAAUAUUAAUGUCAUACAAGUUUCUUCAGAGCAAACCAUCAUCCAAAUAUCACGGUUGUAGUUGAUGAUUAUGUAGCUUCGCUGUUUUAAGUAUGUAAUUUUGAGCAAUGUUCUUAAUAAAGACAAAUUAGGAAUACAACUAGGUCAUGUUUAUUUGCAUUAGGUUGAUUACAACACAUCUGACAACACUAGAAAAAAUUCUAAUGACACCAGUCCAAGGAAAAUGUCCUGCGUAGUUUUCGGUUCAUUUCAUUACACCACUCUUUUGAAAUGAACGCGUUCUGAAUUUUACAUUUGGAUCAAUUUGUUAUCUAUUUGCAGAACAUGGAUAGACCUUAAGAUAUACAUGAAUGACCAAUAUACAGUUUGUAUACAUUUUCAUAGAUGAACUAGUAAGGCAUGAUGAAUCUUCUAGGCUCCUGCCAUGCUCCAAUUUGAGAACUGUGAGUUCAGAGUUUCUUUGUUUAUUCUUCAGUUCUCAUGGAAUUGGCAGAAAACAACAAACAACAACAAAAACAACAAAGGACAUAUUACACGUUUUGUUUUAUAAAAACUCUGCCCUGCUCACUGGCCUAAUAGUGGUCAGUGAGCAGGGCAGUCACUGUGAGUCCCUGGAGAGUUCCCAUGCUCCAUGGCAGCGGCCACAGUGGGUAAGGUGGCCCAGCUUUUAUCAGGGCGCCUUGGGACACAAAUCUCAGAUAUUCAGUGGCCCAUCUUGUCCUUUUACUCUGGAGAGAUCACUCAGGCACAUGGAAUGGGACAGAGGGAAACUCUGAUAGCCUAAUCCCUGCCUCUAAUAGCUUGUGAAAGCCUGAGAGCAUUUACUGAUCUGAAUGUGUGUGUGAAAUAUCCAGCCCCUUACCAGCUCAACAUGUACUCUUUUUUUUUAAGAGUGAUGUGUUUUCUAGUGAACCUUAGUAGACACCAUACACCACAGGUAUUAGGCUGUACCUCUGUGCUGACAUGUCAUGGAUUGUUUUGCAGACCUGCCGUGCUGCAGACCUGUGACCUGCAUUGAUGUCUCAGAGUGCUUUAAUGAACAUUUGAUGACAGAGAUAGUACGGCAUAGUCCUUACUGUGAAAUGUGAUUCAAAUACAUACAUAUGAGUCAAUUGUACGGGAGUUUUUACAUAGCAUUUGCCACAGAACAUGACAAGAAAUACAGUACAAAUAAAGAUGAAACUGAAGGAA